GCCAGCGUCAUUGCACACCGCACGCCCGAGCAUUCACCGCCGACCGCCGACCGCACGCGCUCUUUCCGCCCGAUACUAUCUGGAGAACGGAUGGCGGUAUGAAGGCUGCAGUCCUCGGCCUCUCGAAGCUGCACUUGACCACGUUCAAAGUCAGCUACUCGCCUGCAUAUACCAACUUCAUUCUGAAUCACAUCGCAAUAAACCCGUCGCACCCACUGUACAUUUCGCAGGCGCGCCGCCAGGGGGAGCACAAGAAGGAGGGGCUGUGGUGGCAUGCGACAAACGGCACGGACAUCUCCAAGUCGGGAUGCGUACGGACGUGGGCGCGACGCAGGCUGCGCAGGGCGUUUGUGGAAGCGCUGAAGGCGCGGGGGUACGAUGAGACGGGCAAACUGGUCGACGCAACCGCUAUGCAGCACAGAAGGGACGUGAUGAAUGUGGUGCGGCUAGGCCGCAGUGUCGACCUGACCGGCAGUCUAAGAAUGCACGGCGUAGGGCCUUUGAUCGCUGCGAAGUUUGAGACGGUAAAGGAAGAGAUGAGUAGCGUUAUCGAGACAAUACUACGGUCCAUGGUCAACACUGCCCUGGGUGUUCCAGGCGGAGACAGAAGGAGGAGCGGAGUCGAUCAACCUUCUGCGCGUAACGGCGCGCUACCUCGACCUCGCAAUACACAAAGGGGCAGACCGGUGGCGGCACCAGCAACGCGAUCUGCAUACAAGGCGAACCCAAACUCUGCGGUAGUCGAAGCUGCGAAAUCUCUAUUCCAGGCAGAAGUGCAGGCAGCUCCUCAACCUCCACCUGCUAUCAAAGCCACGCCGGCUGGGCCCAAGAAUACUGGAGCGACAUACGUACCGCCGCCGAUGGAACCACGGUCGGAAGGCCGGAAGCCUGCAUUUCGCAUCCGACGCUUUGUUGUGGACACCAGCUGAACGGCGUCAUGUUGUUACAUCAUAUAAUUCGAAGUGGAUUUGUAGGAUGAAGAGUCUACAACUUCAUGCGGAGGACAAGAAGUGUGACAGCAGAGGUUCCCUUUCAUAUCCUGUCACGGGAGAAGCACUAUGGCAGGCCAGUCAUCGUCAACUCUAGAACUUCUCCGCCGCCGGCCGCAUAUCGAGCUCAUGCGUCCACAAACACGGCUUCUGAUUAUGCAGCCACAGAUACGUCUCG